AUUUUCGUUGACAGCCGUCUGAAUUUUCUUUUAUAGAUUUUUGUGACUUAUAGAAAGUAUAAUUGUGGAUUCCAGGGAAUGUAUCCUCAAGGUUGGGAUGAGGCUUUGGGCCAGGUUUACUUCUCCACGCCCACGAGGCCGAGGGUGGGGGACGCAGGCCCUGCCCUGCCGAUCGCCCGGGCAGCAGCAUCCGGCCCGGCAGGAGAGGCCCGCGGGACAGGAGGUCUGGACCGCCGCCGCGUAAGCGGAAGACAAGACUGAGGCUGGAAGGUGACGAAGCUGGCUGGAGGUCACGCCGCUUGUACUGACGACCUCGGGGCUCAAAGACUCAAGUGCUUCCCGGUGGAGCGAGAGGCCAGGACGUGGCGGCUCCAGGCCGCCCCCGCGACGCAUGCGCAAUACGAGCCCAGCGCUGCCCGGUCCGAGACGCGAGUUGGGCCUGGGGCGCAGGCCGGAGCUGACUCUGUGAAGCUACGUCAAAAUCUUGCGACUUGGAGGCUGUGGAGUUACUCCCCGGAGGUCUCGUGAGCGUGAGGGGCAGAGUAAGGGGCGGGGACAAUGCAGGACCCUCCUGGGAGCCUCAGAAGGACCGAGCGAGCGUAGCUCCCGACGACGCAAAAGGCAGGCCGGGCCGUGUUCAGAACUGUCGUAAAAGGGGGCGUGGCAGGCGCGCUUGGGAUGACGUAAGGGGCGGGGCGCACCGCGCUCAGGACUGAGGAGGGGCGUGCGUGUUGCUGCCGGCAGCGGCUGGCGGGGCUCGGGCGCCAUGGAGCGCUACGCGGGCGCCCUGGAGGAGGCGGUGGACGGGGCCCGGCAGCAGGAGCGGCACUACCAGUUGCUGUCGGCGCUGCAGAGCCUGGUCAAGGAGCUGCCCAGCUCCUUCCAGCAGCGCCUGUCCUACACCACGCUCAGCGACCUGGCCCUGGCGCUCCUCGACGGCACGGUGUUCGAGAUCGUGCAGGGACUGCUGGAGAUCCAGCACCUCACCGAGAAGAGCCUGUACAACCAGCGCCUGCGGCUGCAGAACGAGCACCGAGUGCUGAGGCAGGCGCUGCGGCAGAAGCACCAGGAAGCCCAGCAGGCCUGCCGGCCCCACAACUUGCCUGUGCUCCAGGCAGCUCAGCAGCGUGAACUAGAGGACUGCAUUUCCUCGUGGGCUGGGCCUGCGCAGGGCAGUGCUCAGUGGGCGCUGUUGUGCCCCGUGGCCUCGGAGGAAGUGGUAGGCCAGGAAGGUGUGUUUGAGGCUUUGAUGGGCAAGGGGCUGAGCCACCCUCACCGCGGCAGGCAGUGGAGCACCGAAUUCGCGAGGAGCAACGGGCGAUGGACCAGAAGAUCGUCCUGGAGCUGGACCGGAAAGUGGCGGACCAGCAGAGCACACUGGAGAAGGCGGGGGUCACCGGCUUCUAUGUGACCACCAACCCACAGGAGCUGACGCUGCAGAUGAACCUGUUGGAACUCAUCCGGAAGCUGCAGCAGAGGGGCUGCCAGGCAGGGGGUGCAGCCCUGUGACCAGGUGGGGUCCCUGCAAAUUACCCACUGCCCAUCAUGGCUGGGAAGACUGCCCUGUCCCGCUGUCACCACAGCCAAUAGCAAGCUGAGUGGAGCUCAUCUUCCUGACAUCUGACCACCACCGCCCCAGCUGCCUGCAGGACGGCUCGCCCUCUGAGGAGAGGCCAGGUGGACCCUGGCUGCACCUGCCACCCAUCUUCGUCUGGGUUUGUUUUGUCCAAAGCUAGCAUGGUGUGUGUGGUAAAGGGCAGAGGGGGCCCAGCCUGCCAGUUGUCUCCCCAGAGCUGGCUGAAGAGUGGGGCUGGAGGUCCUAGCACCUCACUGCACCAGGCACAUCCCGCCCUCUGCCACGGCCAGGCUUCGUGCUUGUUCUGGUCUCACCCCCUUACCCCCUGACAGAUGCAGCCUCCAAGUGGGAGAGGCUCCAAGGCCGAAGGCCUGUAUGACCCAGAGAAUAAAGACGCCUCAGGAUGGCCUGCAUGUGG